GACGCGCUGCAACCCAUCGCCAUUCGCUCUCUGACAGGCCUACAUGAAAUAACUGCGCCUCGUGUAGAAGCAGGAAGAUGAUUUCGCCUUGGGAGAGAUGGUACACAACGAGCUGCUGCCUCUGUUGCCAUGUUCGGACGGGCACCAUUAUCCUGGGGGUCUGGUACAUGCUCAUAAAUGCUGUGGUCCUGUUAAUCCUGCUGUCUGCUCUAAAUGACCCGGUGCAGUAUCACUACCACCUCACCAGUGCCGAACUUGGCACAGACUUGGAUGUCAUGGAUGACGCAAACAUGUGUAUCGCUGCUGCAAUUUCCCUACUGAUGAUAUUGAUUUGUGGGAUGGCGACCUAUGGUGCUUAUAAGCAACAUGCUGCUUGGAUUAUUCCAUUUUUCUGCUACCAAAUUUUUGACUUUGCCCUGAACACCCUGGUAGCAAUAAGUGUCAUGGUUUACCCGAACACCAUUCAGGACUACCUUGAGCAGCUGCCUGGGACCUUUCCAUACAAAGAGGACUUGAUGUCCACCAAUAACAUCUGCCUAGUGUUCGCGGUACUCGUCUUCAUCGGCUGUAUUCUGGCUUUUAAGGCUUAUCUGAUUGCCUGUGUGUGGAACUGCUACAGAUACGUUAGUGGAAGAGGCACCACAGAGGUCUUGGUUUAUGUCACCACUAAUGAUACAACAGUACUGCUCCCAUCCUAUGAAGAAGUUGUCGCAAUUCCACCAAAGGAGCCGCCCCCUGAGUAAACCUCAGCACGAGACAGAUGUUUUUUCUCUCUCAGACUCCCUCAGUCUUCUCCCUAAAUAUCCUCCAAAGAAAAGAUUUUGUCAGUGUUUCCUAUUUCCCCACUCAAGCCUUCCAUUUUGCACUCUGAUGUGUCUAUCCUUUGCUCCCUGAAGGCAGUAGUGUGAUGUUCCCUUCCCUCCGCGAGUCUUCCCAGCCUUCCUGGCAGCCCAGUGCUGUGUGUCAGCUCCAAUUUGGAUUUGCACUUUCAGCGUUCGCUGAUUAUGCACAGCACUGACCUUCCCUUUUUUAAACUGUGAACUUCUCAGCACUGCUGUCAGCUACUGAAAUACCUGACGUUAAAAUGUGGCAGGUGUAAUAAACACGCGAGUUACUUAAGAGCACUUUCCGACUAGCAGUUUUCCCAGGAAUAUGAUGAACGUGGCAGCCAGGGUAAUUUAUAUCUAAUAUAUAAUCAAUCCAUCUUUAUAUUAAACACUAAAUUGUGAGAAAUCAAAAGAUCCCGAAUGACCAGCCGACAACAUCUUAAACAGGAUUAUACCAACAAUAGGCAAUAUUUAAUGCAAUUUCAAAGUUACUAAUAGAAGUAUGUUUCAAAAUAAGUUCCUACUGAUGAUUUAACAAAAAUAUUUAGCAAUUAUUCUAUCCACAUUCACCGGAUAUGCACAAUUACGUGGUCUGAUUGGCUAUUCUGCUACUAGGCUAUCAGCUCAUAUACCGUGAGUAGAGAAAAACAAAAUGGCGGAGCGUGUUGCUGAACCAACUGAGGACGAAAUAAAAACUCGACUCGAAAACAAAACCCCCCAAAAUAAAAAAAAAGCAACAAAAUAUGGAAUAAAAGUAUUUAAUGCUAAGAACGUCUUUUUUUUUUUUUAAUAAUUAUUAUAGCAUUUUGGGGUGGCACGGUGGUGUAGUGGUUAGCGCUGUUGCCUCACAGCAACAAGGUCCGGGUUUGAGCCCCGUGGCCGGCGAGGGCCUUUCUG